AUGAAACCAAUGAUAGUCAUUCUUAAAGAUGGUACUGAUUCUAAUCAAGGAAAAAAUCAAGUUGUAUCAAAUAUUAGUGCGUGUCUAGCAGUUUCGGAAGCUAUUCGUACGACAUUAGGACCACGUGGUAUGGAUAAAUUAAUCGUUGAUAAUCGUGGUACAGCAACAAUAUCCAAUGAUGGUGCAACUAUUCUUAAAUUACUUGAAAUUAUUCAUCCAGCAGCUCGUACACUUGUUGAUAUAGCUAAAUCUCAAGAUGCUGAAGUUGGUGAUGGUACAACAUCGGUUGUUUUAAUAACAGCUGAAAUAUUAAAAAAUGCGAAGUCAUUUAUUGAAGAUGGAAUGCAUCCAACAAUUAUUAUUCGUGCGAUAAGAAAAGCAACAGCAUUAACAAUAAAAAAAAUCAAAGAAGUUGCUGUUACUAUUAAAUCAGAUGAUGAUAAAGAACAACGAGUUUUACUUGAAAAAUGUGCACGUACAACAUUAAGUUCAAAAUUAAUUGCACGACAACGAGAAUUUUUUGCUAAAAUGGUUGUUGAUGCUGUUCUUAUGUUAGAUGAAUUACUUCCAUUGAAUAUGAUUGGAGUUAAAAAAGUAACAGGCGGUUCACUUGAAGAAUCACGUUUAGUUAGUGGUGUUGCAUUUAAAAAGACAUUUUCAUAUGCUGGUUUUGAAAUGCAACAAAAAAAAUAUACUAAUCCGAAAAUAGCCAUACUUAAUAUUGAACUUGAAUUAAAAGCUGAACGUGAUAAUGCAGAAGUUCGCCUUGACAAUGUUGCUGAAUAUCAAAAAAUAGUUGAUGCUGAAUGGUCAAUUCUUUAUGAUAAAUUAGAUACCCUUCAUAAAGCCGGUGUCACAGUUGUACUUUCUAAAUUACCAAUUGGUGAUGUUGCAACACAAUAUUUUGCUGAUCGGGAUAUGUUUUGUGCUGGUCGUGUACAAGAAGAUGAUCUUAAACGUACACAAAAAGCCUGUGGUGGUGCGAUAAUAACAACAGUUGAAAAUCUUAAUAAUCAAUCUCAACAAGUACUUGGUACAUGCGAAAUAUUUGAAGAAAUACAAAUUGGUUCUGAACGUUAUAAUUGUUUUACGGGUUGUCCAAAAGCUAAAACAGCUACAAUGAUAUUACGUGGUGGUGCUGAACAAUUUAUUGAUGAAGUUGAACGUUCAUUACAUGAUGCAAUUAUGAUUGUACGACGUGCGGUUAAAAAUGAUUCAAUUGUUGCUGGUGGUGGUGCAAUUGAAAUGGCAUUAAGUCGUCAUUUACGUGAAUAUAGUCGAACAAUACCUGGUAAAGAACAAUUAAUAUUAGCUGCAUAUGCAAAAGCAUUUGAAGUUAUACCAAGACAAUUAUGUGAAAAUGCUGGAUUUGAUGCAACAAAUAUUUUAAAUAAACUUCGACAAAAACAUGCUGAAAAUAAUAUUUGGUUUGGCGUUGAUAUUAUGCAUGAAGAUGUUACGGAUAAUUUUAUUGCAGCUGUUUGGGAACCAGCAGUUGUUAAAAUCAAUGCAAUAACAGCAGCAAGUGAAGCUGCUUGUUUAAUUUUAAGUGUUGAUGAAACAAUUAAAGUACCAAAAUCAGCAGCUGAAACAUCCAAUGCUGCUAAAGCUAUGAAUAUGGGUUAA